ACUUUUGCUUAUCUUGGAAAUCCUUGGCUGACAAGAGGAGGCCAAGGUUGACCUGCAGAUAGUAGAUUCUAGUCCGGACGAAGCCUCUUUUUUUUUCCUCCAUCUUCUCCUCUUUCGUCCACAGCAACUCUACCAAGCUGCCUGCUUUUUUUCUUCUUUGGGGCGCCAUCUACCGCAUGCGCAGUUCCUCGUGCAGCUCAUGGUCACAAUAAUAACUGCAGAGAAGAACAAGAAAAACAGGGGUCUUCUGCUUGGUCCCGUGCAUCAUCGAUGACAGCUAGACCUUGUCAGGCUUUGUUAAAUGCGCUGUCCCCUCCCCUUGAUCUAGUUACCUAAACAAUUGGCCGCCCCUCCCCUCCCUCCGCAUCGGACGCCGCGUUGCACAAAGUAAGAAGAAAAAACGUGCGGGGUCUGGCGCCAAGCCGUGGCUUAUUUUGUUUCGGCUUUCGGCUGCUUGUCCAAGGGUUACAAAGAUAUCGAUACAUCGAAUCGACAACUUGGAAUUCACCGUUGCACCAUCAUCGAAAGUUUGCCGUCGGUUUUGAAGUUUAUCGUUUUAUCCGUGCUUCAUUUUUCUUGUUUUUCUCUUCUAAUUGAAUCCUGGGUUUUUGUUUUGCUUUUUAAUUUCUUUUAAUUAAUCCAAAAUCCGCACGCCCUCAACCAGACUUUCUCUUUUGCUUGUCGGAUUGACAUGCCGCCUCCCGAGCCAGAACCGUCCAAUAUUUCAGCGGCCGGUUCAAGAGGGAGAAGACGUUUGCACCAUGCCUGUCUCAACUGCAGGCGGAAGAAAACACGAUGUCCCGGUGAAAAGCCAGCAUGUUCCAGCUGUGUACGUUUGUCGCAGUCUUGUACAUACCCGGUUUUGAGAAACUCCCAGAGUGGGAGAUCAGACGAGAGGUUACAAAACCUGGAGGACAAGCUGGAUCUCCUACUCAGUGGGGCGAGCCUGUAAUACGAUCCCAGUCACCAACUGCCUGCGCACGCAAUAGGAAUGUGCUCUUUGGAGACCAUCUGACGAGGUUGUUAGACCGAGCAGCCACCACCCAGCGCGUCCCCCUAGUCAUCAAGAGCAGCAACAGCAGCAGCAACAACAACAACAGCAGCAGCAGCAGCGACAGCAACGGGAGGAUUCUUUGAGUAAUCCGUCAGAGAGGUCAUACUCGGCCACACCACCGGCACGAAGUAGCAGACCAAAGGGUAAUGAAGGUCAGGCCAGGAGACGAAGUACGGCCGACAAUGGCAGCGCCGCCGGAUCAUCGGUUGGGUUCCAUCCCGAAGAUGUCGCCACCGCCAUGGAGCUCUACUUCAAGUACUGCCACCGCCAGCCCAUUUGGUGCUUUGAGCGGGACGAGAUUGGAGACUUUGAUACGUUGCCCGAAGAGCUAACCAGCAGCAUCAUGGCACUGACGGCUCGCUUCUCUCGACGGCGGGUCAACACGCAGCUCUACAGCAGCAAUGCCAAGACGCUCAUAAUGUUGCGCAUAGCCAACGGCACGGUGGACCUUUUUACCAUAGAGAGCCUGUGCAUUCUUGCCUAUGCGGCCUUCAUCGAUGGCAACAUCCACCUGGGUCAAUUCCAUCUCGGACUGUCCCUCCAGCUAUGCCGCUCCGCCAUGAUAGACAUGGAACCCCUGUACUUGCCAGAAGACAAUUGCACCGACCGGAAAAGACGUUUGUUUUGGAGCCUGCAGCUGCUGGAGCAGUCGUACGGUAGGCAGGACGCCCAGCUGAGCAACCCCAACGACAAACUCCGCGAGUCGGAGCAGAACCACGGAUCCACGGCAUCGUCGGCAGUGGCAGCAACCCUGGACCGCGCCCCAUCCCUCCCCAAAGACGAGCUCGGCACGUCCAACCCGAGCGAGCCUGGGAUUUGGAACACCAGCCUGUGCCUGGGCUGGGUGUGGAGCCAGGUGCGACGGUACGUGGCAGACUGCGCGCGCGACGGGGUGGUCAAGGAGCCGUGGCGGCACGACUCGCCCUACGCCAAGGUGCUGUCCGACUUUAUGGAGACGGAGAACCGCAUCCCCAUGUGCCACCGCUACGAUUCGGUGCGCUUCUUUGAGCGCGACGAGGACGAGAUCAAGCAGAACCGCGACUACUGGGCCUGCUGGCUCAAGGAGCAGAUGGUCUACCACGCCAUCGUCACCGUGCUCAACCACCCCUUUCUGUAUAUCGUCGGUGCCCAGCACAAUCCGAACCUGGGCAUACCGAAUACCUUUUGGAGGAGGUCCAGCGAGCAGGCCCUCCUGCACGCCACGUGGCUCGUCAGGAUGAUUGACAUGGUCGUCGACAAGCAGAUUGCCUUGGUGGAGCCUAUAAUUGGUCACAUAGCUGCAAUAGCCGCGACGGUGCAUCUGUACUACAGCUGCGCGGCCGCGGCCAAACUGAAGCACAAGUCCAACACCGACUUUGCCAAGUGCCGCAAGUUCCUCAAGAGCUUCAUCCCCUACUCUGCUGCCUGUGGCGCGCUGGACCGCAACCUCGACAAGAUGGCCCUCAUCGCGGCGGGCGCCGAGGCCGAGAGCAUCGACGCCGACGACUGGAUGCCCUCCAAGAUGUACCUGAGCGUGCCGCUCAUGUGGGAGAUACUGCAGUUCUCGUCCUCGGCGUCGCAGUUUGGCGCCGAUCAGGGAGGCGGCGGCGGUCUGCUCGACGCCUCCCUGGCCCCCGUCGUCCCGCCCCUCGACAUGUCCGAGUCGUCGACGCUCGAGAUCAUCGUGGCCACGUCGCCCGAGAUCACCAUCAACAUCGCCGACGGCGGGCAGGAGGCCCCGACCCGGCCGCAGCCCGUCAUGCACCGUGGAGGCGGCGGGGUCGUCGGGGCUGCGGGAGGGGCAAGUGCUGGUGGCGGCGCUGUCGUUGCUGCCAACGCCGGGACUCACAAUCCUCAUCACCACCAUCACCACCACCACCAGAACAACAACAGCAGCAACCCCGCCGCCGGUCACAGCAUCAUGGACCAGCAGCAGCAGGCAGACAGCCUGACCUUUUACACGACGCCGUGGCUGUAUGCCGACCCGGCGCUGCUGGUGGGGAUCGGGGAUCUGAACCUGCCGCAGGAGGAGACUGGCAACGCGUGGUGGGAGGGUGAGAAUCUGAAUAAUAUCAUGUUUAAUUGAGUGGCGUCGGGCUGGUGGAGAGGGUUAAUGGGUGGUGUUUGGGGGCGUAUCUGUAUUAUCCAUCAAAGCGAAAAUUGUCUACAGGUUAAAAUAUUGUGCAGAAUAUUCC